AUGAUUGGAGCGUUCCGCUUAAACAAGGGUGAAGCCAUCCAGAUACUUGUUGGUCAAGAAGAAGGAAUAAACACGCACUAUUACUCUUCUGGAGGUGGUGGAGGAACUGGAAGAAGUGGAACAAAAUUUAAUAGAACCAAAGGAUAUGGUGGAGAAGGUGGUAAGGCAUUUAUUCAGGGAGGGGUGGGUGGAAGAGCCAGGUAUUACUAUGUCGAUGGUGGGUUUGGUGGAGGUGGUGGAGCUUAUGGAAGAAAAGGAGGAGGAGGAGGAGGAGGAGGAUACUCAGGGGGAAGCAGUGGAAAUGGUGGUCGUGAUACCUGUGGGGGUGGGGGAGGCUCUUACGAGGAUGGAAAUAACCAGGACAAUGAAUGUUGUUACAUCAACGCUGGUCAUGGUCAAGUGACUAUUACGUUCCUGGAGUAA